AUGUCGCACCCUGUCGACCCUUCCCAGCCAGCCGGCGGCGGCAACAGCGAGACCAUCCGCGUAGUCGAAAGCCUCAACGAGACGCUCCUCACCUAUCUCAAGACCGUCUUCGUCUCCCGCUGCGCCCCACUCCCCGCCGACCAACGCUGGUCCGCCCAGCAAGUUGCCGCCUUUGCUACCGAGAUCCAGCGCGAAGCUCCCGCAGCGACCGCUACACCCACGACCGAGGGCCUCGCUUCCGUGCCGGAAGGUGGGCUCGACUUUGCCGGUUUCAUCAAGUACAUGACCUCAUCGGCCACGGCGCUGACGGCCCCGCCCAAGGACGACGACUUGACGUGGCCCCUCGCGGCCUACUUUAUCAGCUCCAGCCACAACACCUACCUGACGGGGAACCAGUUGUCCAGCGACUCGAGCCCGUCGGCAUACAGAGACGUCCUGUUGAGAGGGUGCCGGUGCAUAGAGGUGGACGUGUGGGACGGCGACGACUCGGACAGCGAGGACAGCAGCGACAGCAGCGCCGAAGAGAUUGAGGGCGCCAAGCUCAAGACGAAGCGCUCCACCUUUUCCAAGCUCAAGAGCAAGCUUCCCGGGUCCCUGUCAUCCAAGCUGGAGAAGACGAGCCUUUCCUCGGCGUCGUCGUCCUCAACGUUUCCUAGCACGGCGAAGAAGACGGAGGCCAAAAUUGCCCAAAGCGUGAAAAAGGUGCGAACAGACGGAAUCCCACCGCUAAAGCCCGGAGCCGUCGAGCCGCGGGUGCUUCACGGGUACACGCUGACCAAGGACAUCACGUUCCGUGACGUGUGCGUGGCUAUCCGCGACUACGCAUUCGAAGUCAGCGACCUACCUGUCAUCGUCAGCCUCGAGGUGCAUUGCAAGCCCGAGCAGCAGGGGCGCAUGGUGGAGAUUAUGCAGCACGCGUGGAAGGGCAGGUUGGUGCCCGCACCGGAGACGGAUGCCACAGAGUUACCGUCCCCGCAUGACUUGCGUGGCAAGAUCAUCGUCAAGGUCAAGUAUGCCCCUCCAGGCACAUCGCCCGGUACCAAGCUAGCUGACAAGGUGGCCGCCACGCCUUCGUCGUCGCCCCCUGCCGCCGCUGCCGGGACCGGCGCCGCCGCUGGCGCCACCAAGGCCAAGGCCAAGGCGGCGUCCAAGAUCACGCAGGCACUGAGCGACCUGGGCAUCUACACGCGCGGGAAGGUGGAGGAAGUGCACGAGAAGCAGGCGGUCGAGCUCUUCCACCACAACCUGCACUACCUCAUGCGCACGUACCCGCACGGCUUGCGGAUCGGGUCGUCCAACCUGGAUCCGGCGCCGUUUUGGCGAAAGGGCAUCCAGGUCGUGGCGCUCAACUGGCAGAAUUGGGACGAGGGCAUGAUGCUCAACGAGGGCAUGUUUGCUGGCACGCACGGCUACGUGCUGAAGCCAGAAGCAAACCGCCCCCGACUACCUACCACACCCUGGAUCUCACCAUCGAAGUCCUGGCUGGCCAAAACAUUCCCCUCCCCCGACGAUGACCACGCCAACAGUUUCCGGCCCUACGUCAAGACAGAGAUCCACGUAGAGUCACCCGAGGAGCGUCGCGGCAAGGUGCGACCCGAGGCCGAGGCGGGGCGGGAGGCCGAGGGCGAGUACAAGGCGCGCACCAAGAAGGGCCGGGGCCGGGAGCCCGACUUCAAGGGUGAGGCGCUGCGCUUCACGCGCGUGCCCGGGGUGGUACCGGAGCUGACCUUUGUACGUUUUACGGUGCGCGAUGACGAGAUUGGCCGGGACGACCUGGCGGCGUGGGCCUGCGUCAGGCUAGAUCGGCUGAGGAGCGGGUAUAGGUUCGUGCACCUGAUGGAUUGCGCGGGCAGGUUGACCAAGGGGGUGUUGCUCGUCAAGGUGACUAAAGCCCUGUCAAGGUGA